AUGGCAGGCGGCGGCAGCUGCUUGCUCCUCUACUCCCUCCCUCACUCUUCCUCACUCUCAGCAGCGGCGCAGCAGCUCUGGCGCGGGCAGGCGGGUCCGGCGCAGCGGCCACCGGCACAGGAGGCCCCCAGCGCAGGCGAGGCCUCGCUCACGCUCCCUCUCACGGGUGGCCGGCGUGGUGGCCCUGGCUCGGGCGGUCCGAUGCGGCGGCGCAACGGCACGGGAGGCCCCCAUCGUGCGCAGGCCUCAGUCGCCGGCGUCUCCUGGAAGGAGAAACCGCAGGGGAUAAGAACUGGGCCUGCCCGUUCCGGCCGUUUUCAGGUGGCGAAUGGCUCUCUGGUCACCAUCGUUUCCCAGCCCCAGCAGUGGUGCAGCGGCAUGGGAAGGUGGAGAGGAUCAACACCUGUGUGGAGGCUAGAGUGGGGCUUCAAGCAAAAGGUUAUGGCUGAGGUACGAAGAGAAGGCAUUUGUGAUUUGUGGUUGCAUGCAUCAGUAAUAGGAGGAAGCCAAAGAAUAAAAGGGCUAAGUGGCGGUUCAUGUGGUGAAGGUGAUCGCCAAGAAUAG